UAAUUAUCUAGGCAGACCGUACACUUUUAUAUGAUAGACAUGUUGCAAAUUUGUAAAUGGUAUAAUUAACAUGAUUUCGGAAUAAAAAAUGAGAUCGCACGAUAUUUACUCUUAUUUUCAUGUGUCAUUGCCAGUGGAUAUACAGUGCUCCAAAAUAUUUCAUUUCAUGGAUAAAGAAAGAACAAUACAGAUUCCAACAACAUCUCUGAGACAACAUGGAAUGUGAGCAGCCCAUUGUGAACACAGCUGUCAAAAUCCAAACGUCUUCUAAAUUACAACAUAAAGCUUCAAAAUUAUCGAUGGUGUUCUAAUACACGUUCUUUAAUGCACACCCAGUGACUUGGUCUUAUAUAGUUGAUAAAUCUACCGUUGGGAUAUGCGGUCUAAAGGGAAAAAACUGUAUGUGCUUCUUUGUGCUGGAUUUGUUUGCUUUUAUUUUUAUUUUUUCCAAGAUAAUCUGAAACAAACUGAAGUGCCAAACACGGCGUUGUCCCGACCAACUAUAAUUCCAACACAAGAUCGCAUGUUUAAGGUUGUUGACAAGCAAGGUGUCCGAAAAACAUUCAAGGACUAUUGUACUGCACGAGGAAAAUUCCAUCAACAAACACCCUUAAUUCAGAAUUCUGUAGUGAAUAACACUUCGUUUUUUUCUGUCAUUAAAAGAAACAAGCUUGCACUCGAAAGUCGAAAAAACCCUCUUGACUUCGUGCCUCCAGUACCGGAAAAAACUCGGACGGAUGUCGUCCCCUACUUCCGGCCAGAAAUAUUGGACCAUUACCUUUUACUGCCCAACAAAACCUACGAGGACAGAAUCGCGAUUCUGACACCGAUUCGAAAUGCUGAUCGUGUGCUCAGAAAUUACUUAGACAAUCUAAUUAAUUUGGAUUAUCCGCACAGUUUGAUCUCCGUAUAUUUUGGCGAAGAUGGUUCAUCGGACAAUACUUUUACCACAGCAGCUAAACUGUCAAAAGAACUCACCGAUAUUUAUGAAUUUCGCGCAGCAAGUGUGUUCCAUUUUAAUAUUUCACACAAUGUGUCUGUGCAGGAAACACAACUGUUAAGCAGACACGUGCUUCGGAAACAGCUCGAACGCCGAUCCAAAAUGGCUAAGUCGCGUAACCUACUUGUGAACAUGGUUCUGAAUAUUUCAAAUCCUGACUACGUAAUUUGGAUAGACGCCGACUUGGAAUGUUUUCCUUCUGACCUUAUUGAGCAACUAUUGUUCGCUCGUUCUGACGUUACAGCACCGCCAUGUCUUGGUGUCUACGGUGGCGUUAAGAAAAUGUACGACCGGAACUGUUGGCGAGAAACACCUGCGUCUGUUGAAUCUCAAUCUAAGUUACCGGAAGAAUCCCUUGUUGUGGAGGGCUACUCAAAUUCAGAUAGAAUAUACCUCGCUGAUCUCAAAGCGGAGGGGCGGGUUGUUCCCCUGGACGGGGUCGGUGGUUGCGUCCUUAUGGUGCGGGCUGAGUGUCAUCGGAAGGGACUUGUGUUUCCUGAAGAACUGUUUCAACGCCAUAUAGAAACGGAAGGACUUGCGAAACUCGCGAAACAGAUGGGCUAUUCUGUGAACGGUCUUCCGUGGCUGGAAGUCUUUCAUGGGAAAACAUGACUCAUGCACUUGUAUUCAACCGUUUCAAAUAUUAUAUUGAAUUAAAUCGAGGCUCAUUAUUGUAUACGUUCACAUUGAAAAGAGUAAAAACAAAUCAUUGUUGAUCGCCAUUCAUAACAGAAAAUCAUCACUGAAGAUAAAGAAACAAUGAGUCUUUUGUUAUUUAAAUCUAGUGUAUGUCGAAAUAAGGUUUGUUGCAUGCAAAUGAGUUUUGCAGUAUUGCCGUUUAAACAACUUUUCUUCUUUUUUUUGCUUUAGAACAAGCCAAUUUAUGCGAAAUGCAUGGAAACCCGUUAUAUACAACUGCUGACAAAAAAAUAGAUAGCAGGUUUUCAUAUUGAAGUUCAAAAAAUAAUUAUUUAUGCAUUUGUCUUAAACCGUUGGCAACGCUUUUAGCCAUAUAACAUUAAUUUUCGAACAGAAAUAAUUAUGAAAAUCUGUUAUUUGAUCUGAUCUUUUGUCAGAAGUCUUAUAUCACUGGUUUGCAGAUAUUUACGCAAAAAUCGGCACAUUCUAAGACAAAACAUAAAAAAGUUGUCAAAACGGUAUAUCUGUGAGAGUGCAGCUUUAAGCUACACGUAUUAAUUUAUUUGUUAAAAAUAUACGUAGACAGUAAUAAUAAAAUUAAGGUGGCACAGAGGUGACAUCCGCAACACUUAUUUUAUAUUGUGGCAACAACUUAUUCAUUUAUGACCACAACUUAGUAUAUUGAGGCCACAAGUUAGUAGCUUGAGGCCACAACUCAGUAGCUUGAGGCCACAACUUAGAAACGGAUGCAAGCUGCGGAUGUGACCUCUGUGCCACUGUAUAAAAUAGGCUUGCGGCACAUGCUUACGUACUCUACAUAUCAGAUGACAGACUUGUGUAAACAUAUGUGACAUUCCCGCCCCUUGCCAUAUUUCAUGAAUAAAGUAAUGAAUAACAUGUUUAA